AAAGAAAUUGAAAAUGAAGUUAGAGACAUUACUGAUAACAAUAGUGAUGAUAUUGAUCAAAUUGCCAAUAAAACUGAAGAAGAAACUAUUAACGAAGCUAAAGAAAAAACUAUGAAUAUUAAAAACAAAAAAAACAAAAAUAAAAUUAAUAAAAAUAGUCAACCAAAAAAAAAA